GUGCACAUAUUAUAUAUAGAGCAUGCAAUAGAUAUAGAAAACAAAUCUACUCAUCUUAAUAGGUUUGAAGUGAAGAAGAUCAAUGGGUAGCAUUGCGAGAAAAUGGAGAGAACUAAGUGGGAGAAGCAAUUGGAAAAGUCUGGUAGAGCCUCUAGACAUUGAUCUUCGGCGUUACAUAAUACACUACGGAGAACUUGCUCAAGCUACGUACGAUGGUUUUAACUCAGAAAAGGCAUCAAAGUUUGCUGGGAACAGUCGAUAUUCUAGGAAGGAGUUCUUUGGCAAAGUUGGGUUGGAAAAAGGGAACCCUUUCAAGUAUUUGGUGACCAAGUUCUUGUACGCAACUUCCAAAGCCAGUGACUCUGAGGCGUUUCUCUUAAGGUCAUUUUCGAAGGACGCUUGGAGCUUGCAAUCGAAUUGGAUAGGGUAUGUUGCCGUUGCCACUGAUGAAGGGAAAGAAGCAUUGGGGAGGAGGGACAUAGUGGUUGCUUGGAGAGGAACCAUUCAGGCUGCAGAAUGGGUUAAGGAUUUUCAUUUCCAUUUGGAUCCUGCGCCGGCCAUUUUUGGUGAUGCUGCUUCUGCACAAGUCCACCAUGGUUUUUACUCUCUUUACACUUCCAUGAACCCAGGUUCAAAAUUCACCAAUACCAGUGCUAGAAACCAGGUUCUUGACGAGGUUGGAAGACUGGUGGAGGAAUACAAGAAUGAAGAAAUUAGCAUAAGUGUGACAGGGCACAGCUUGGGUGCUGCACUUGCAACAUUAAAUGCAGCGGACAUAGCUGCCCAAGGGUUGAACAAACCAAGAGACAAACCUCAGAAAGCGUGUCCCGUAACUGCAUUUGCAUACGCGUCUCCUCGUGUAGGAGACUCAAACUUUGAGGAUGCCUUCAAUGGCUACAAAGAUCUGCGAGCACUUCGUAUUCGUAACGAAACCGAUAUUGUCCCCGUUAGUCUCUUUCUAGGCUUUUCCGAUGUGGGACAGGAACUAGUGAUCGACACUACAAAAUCCAAGUUCUUGAAGGAAGGGGUGAGUGCUCAUAACUUGGAGGCUUACUUGCAUGGAGUUGCUGGAACGCAAGGGAAAAAAGGAGGGUUCAAUUUGGAGGUGAAUCGUGACAUUGCACUUCUGAACAAGAGCAUAGAAGCAUUGAAAGAUGAAUAUCUUGUUCCUGUGGGAUGGAGGGUGCACGAGAACAAGGGUAUGGUUCAACAAUCAGAUGGUACUUGGAAGCUUAUGGAGGAAAAUGAAGAUGCUUUUCAAUCCAUACAUUCCAGUUUAUAAGUUGACUUUGCAUACAAUGUUCAGGAUUGUACUGUUUGAUCUUGUAGUGCCCGCAAAUAAUAUCUAUGGUAGCUGUUACCACGACAAAUGGCUAUGUUUUUAAGCAGUGACUUGAUGUGAAAUAAAGUUUCUCACAAUGUAUUGUUGGUA